AUGAGGAACAGAUCUAAACUGAGCGUCCUGUUGUUGGGCCUGACUCUGGUUCUGUUCGGUCCGGCCUGCAGAGCCUCUUCUCUGGGGCUGACGGUCCACGUUGUGCCCCUGGACACCAACGAAGGGAAAACGGUGCGAGCUCAUUUCAGUGCCAUCGCUCCCGGUCCUUGUCCGUCUUUAUCCGGACUGUGUUCUGAAGACGAGGACUGUCUGGUCCACAAAACAUCCUUCCCUUUCAAAGGCACCAAACCCGGCUCUGGCUGGUGUGUCCGCCAGUGGCAGAAAACUGUCCCCAGUAAUUACAGCGCCACCAUAAAUUUAGGGGCGCGUGCGGACUGCCCUCAAAAGUUCCACUUGUCGGUGAAGGACCCGGAUGGUGACAUAGUGACAUGUCGCUUUGCACGGCCCGACCAGGGCGAAUGUCUCAACUGCACUCAGCACUCCUUCAUAGAGGUGGACGAAGACAAAUGCUUGUUGACGUUCACCGGAAACGCACCAGCAGGACAGUAUUUCAUCUACCUGAUGGCGGAGGACCGGGUUUUUAUUCCCAAAAUAAAAAAAGUCAUCGUCAACAACCCCCUCAGUGCUGUCCCAGUGCACCUCUCCCUCACUGUCGAGGAGUCGACUUACAGCUGCACAGAUGAACCUGUGGCUGCAGGUGAGACCCCCAGAGAGGACACCACGCUGUUUGUCCUGCCGUACCAUCAGGUGCAAUUCAACACUGACUUUACGUCACAGCGGGAGACUGUUUCAGAGGUAGCGGUGGUCGGUCCCCCUGACCUCUUUAGAAUUGGAUUCAAAUCCGUCGGCCCCCUGGCUGUCAUGACGAUGGCCUGGGUCCGCUCCGAAAACAAACUGCCCCGCCUUCUACCCAUCUGCUUCGCUGCAAACACCAACAGUUUGCAGUCGAAGCCUCGGUGCGUGUGGCUGUACCAACGGGAGAUGAGGAUGCUACCUGAUGGAACAGUGCUGACGUGUGAGAAGACGGAGAUGACUCUGGUGCUGCCCGUCUCCUCCCUGGAUAACAUCGACCUGGCAGAGCUGCAGCUCAACAGCCCCACCUGUCCCAUCUCCUACAACAACACACACCUGACUGCAACUAUCUCCUUAACCGGCUGCGGCACCAAGACAGUGCACUCUGGUUCAGAGCUGGUUUACACAAACACCUUACAAAGUGUGCGUCCCUACACUAAGGUCAGCCGCCAGCCAUCGCUCGUCCUCCCUCUGGCCUGCCGAAUCCCUGGAGUCCAAGCCAAGGGGCCCCAGUACGAGAUCGGCAUGCCCUUGGAGAAGGAGACCUUUGGUGAGGUCACGGUCUGGUUAGAAGUUCACUUGCCGGGAGAGGGGCCCAUGGGCGAAUUCACACGCAUCCCCAAGUUUCGCUCCCUCCAGAUGGCGCCGCGUCGAAAGCGUCGAGAAACAGAAUCAACAUCAGAGAGCAACAGCAACACCACCACCACUGGGUCCAGGAUCAGCAAGCUGGACCUCCAAGUGAUGUCCAACUGCAACAUCGACCGAGCCGAGGUCCUCGUCAGCAGUUGUAUUGAGUCCGAGACGAAGGACUUUGAAGUGUACAGCCCCAUUCUGGAGCAAGGGUGUACAUCUUCCAACAGCACAUUAGAGGUUGUUACGACACAAAACAAUGCCAAGGUUUACCGCAUUGAUUUGAGCACCAUGCAGACCAAAGGAUCAACGAUGUACGUCCGGUGCACGGUCAAUCUUUGCGUUGCCACCUUACCGUCGGCUUUGUGCCCUGAUCUGUGUACCCGCUCCUUCGAUACCAAUAAGAUGGUUAGCAGCGUGUUUACUGGCACCUACACCAUUAACUCAGGACCCGUUAGCCUCAUGGUCACCACUCCUGCACCGGCCACAACAACCACUGUCACCACUACAACCACCCCUACUACUACUACUACUACUACUACUACUACUACCAGUACUGAUACAGAUACAACUACCACGACUACCGAAAAUACCACCACCUCCCACGCUCCAGAACGGGCCUCGUCCACGGCAACCGGACUGAUUUUAACGACUAUCUGCAUAUUUCUUCAAAACAUCCUCCGUUAAUUAAUCUGUGAGAAUCCGGAGCGCUACAUCACACAUCACUCCACUGUGGAAUUCAAGGUUUUUCACAGACAUAAAUAAAACAGAGAGCACUCCACAGUAUUGUCAAAAACAAAACAAAAAAUCAAAAGAUUACUGCUGCACUGUUCAGAUUAACGGCUGGGCAAUAUGGCCAAAAUCUCCAUAAUUUCAUAUCUCAAUAACGAUAUAUUUAUAUAUCCUGAUAAAGCAUGUUUUUCUAGUAAUUUAAUAAAUAGUCCAUGUGAAUUCACCUCAUGGUAAAGCCUAUUUUUGUUUACGCCUGUGUGAAUAAAAUACUUGAAAAAAUGCAAAGUACAGAGUAUUUUGUCAUUAAAUGUGCAAAAUUAAUACAACAGUUUUCAAGUGAAAUUAUUGAGGCAAAAACUAUAUUUAUUUCCAACUUUACACCGACUGUUUUGACAAGUCUCCACACAGAAACAGAGAAAUCAGAUUAAGACAACAGUUUGGUUUAAUUUGAGUUACUUGCUAUUAUUAAUUUAUAUUAUUUAUCACAAAAUCUCAAUAUAUGAUUUCCUUCCAGAUAUAAAUCCAUUUAAAGAUGAUAAAUUCAUCAUAUUAAAUUAUCGCCCAGUACAACUCACAUUGAAUGAUCUAAGAUGUUAAAGGAUGUGACACUUUGUUUUAUGUCAUUCUUCUCUUUCCCAUCACUUCCUGUCAGCUGUCUACUCUUUUACGCAAAUACAUGUAUAAAUAUAUUUAUUUGAAAAAUAGUUAAUUGCACAUGCAGCAUUUUGUCUGCAUACAUUAUGAGAAUAAAAUAAAAAUAAAAACAGAUAACCAGACUAUGUGUUGUUGGAUUUUACAAACUUUUGAGCAACAAAUACGCUGCUUUCAAAAUGUUUACUUCUUACCAACAUUCUGAAUAAAAUGAAGUUGUAUUUAAAAAAACGUUUUAAAUUAUUCAAAUAUUAAAUCAGACACUUUGACCCUCUAAACAUAACACUCAAAUUUGUUAAUUUUGUCUUAAACCUAAAAAAAACUGUUUGAGACAGUAACACAGCGUCAGUGGUUGUGUGAUGUGCAUCCUUCCUCACAAUAAAUAUGAAAAGUUUAUUUUUCUAUAUAUGUAUAUUAAACACUUGCAAACCUUUAUGUUUUGUUGAUUUGUUCGGUUACCAUACUGUAAAGGCUGCUGGUCAGUUAGACAGCUAUUUCAAGAAUUUAAGAAAUGUUGCAGCAGAAAGUAAGAAAGCUUGUUGGAACAAAGCAAAAUAAUUGUUAGUGUUAAAUGAGGAACAGGUAUGUAAGCCUCUUUUCAUACAUUAUAAUACCUUAUAUUUAUUUUGUCAUUAACAUCAUGACA